CCUUUGAAAAUGUCGUUCAUACAUAGCCGUUAACGCUGUUAUUACGUCAUACGAAAGACUCAAUUCUACAAGAAUAAAAACACGCGUCAACGUUAUAAAGAAUAACGCGAGUAAGACUACCUGUUCAGAAGUUUAAUUUUGCAUUUACAGUGCUGAUACACACUGCAAACCUAAUUGGAGCUAUGCCAUGCGAUUUGUAAUUGUUUGGUUUUACUUAUCUCGACGGUUGUUACAACACGACUACUGGACCACGCGAGGCAUAUCACUUUCGACUCGAUAGCGAGUACAAAACAGACAUUUCUUUUGUGGUACGAACGCCCUUAAAAGACAGCGAGUAUCCAAUAGCCAGUAAGUAUUUAUGAGUAGCUAUGAUACGAAUGAAUAAGCUAUUGGAACGUGAUCUUUUGUAUAGACAACUAUGCUUUAGAAGUUAGCAUUUCUUCUUUGAUAUAUUAUGCAUAUUGCCAACGAUCACAUGCUGUGUUUAAUAUAACAGUAAGCUCUUGCUGUUUGAAGUCCCAUGUCUUAAACAGCACGUUUUAAUUUAUUCGAUAAGACGGGGGCACCUAUUUCUUGUGAUAUUUUACAUUUGACUGGAGGGCUGGAAACAGGGAAUGCACAAACGAUGUAACAUGUUUAUACGAAAUGUGUAAACUGUCCAGAUUUGUUUCACGAAGCGCCAAAGACAAUUUAUUACCUAGGCCUAAUGUUGAGUGACUGGAUAUAAUGCAAUAAUAUUCCUUGUUUUAGUUUACGAAAAUAGGUUUUGGAAAUAAGGACAUUUCUGAACCAAGGACUUGACGAACCCAACACUAGAGGCUAUAAAGAGACAAAGGACACAUUCUGUUGCAGUUUGUGCAUAUUUCCCACUAAAACACUACUCGGAAAACUGAGAGAAUCGAUUUGAUGUAUCAGUGAAUUGCGAUAACUUGGAUCGAGAAGACGACACUGCCAUCUAAACUCUAACAGUAAGUAGAUUUGAAAAUCACCAGAACCAUGCCGGCCAAGAAACCUAGUUCUCCUGUCUCGCUAGAGGGAGAACGCCGCAAAGCCAUGAUGCUCGUUCAUGCGGUGGAAAAGAUGAUCAUUAGAUUUAAAGAAAGGUAUUUUCGCAAACCCCAUAAUAGAUUUUCAUCCGAUACGGAUGAUUACAUAACAUUUGUGAUCGAAAAGACAGGAUCGAUCAAGAAACCUCCUAAGGAUUACAAGGACUUUGCUGUCAUGGCAAACAAAGUAAGGACAAGUUCAGCACUUUUGUUUAGAAACGAACUGGAGCAAAUGGACGAAGCAAUCGAAAGGCAAAGAAUGUUUGACGAAUUGAUAACAUCCGCAAUAGCGAACAUAAACGAAGCGUUGGAAAAUCAUGUCGUUAAAUUCUGCCUUAGUUUCGCACCGGAAGCUAAUGGAUUCGACAUCAAGUGCGUGCAAGAAUAUGAAAACUCCAUCAAUCGAUGGCAGUGUGCCAUUAACAAUUCGAAAAAUCUAUUGAGUGAUAUUCUGAAAAGUCUGCAAGAACAAGCAUCAAUACAGUUUGUCAACUACAUCAAAAACUAUUCACAAAUUCUUCAUUAUAUGGGACUCGCAUUGGAAGUAUUCCCGCGCAUUUUCAAUCCAAUAAAAGACUGGGUAACAGCGGACGAAGCAUAUCCCCGGAGGCUCAUGGAUGAGGUCAGUGCAUAUGAAAAGAGAAAGCUGGAAAUAGCUGAUUUAUCUCGACGACAAUAUCACCGCAUGGAAGACGCCAUGCAGAAAGCAAACAGAAAGACGUAUCAAAGCAAAAAGCUACACGACAGACUAUACAGUGCUCUCUCCGAGAGGAAGAUGCACAGGAGACGAGAGCUCAUUCUGAAGGACUCAUUGAACAGGCUGGAGGAAGAGUUAGCAGAGAAGAAGAAAGACAUGGAGGAAGCCGUACAAAACGUUUACCACAGACAGACCACUUCCAGAGGAACGUACGACCAUCUGGUCUCCGUGACAGAAGCACUACAGCAAGAUAUUUCCAAACUGAAGACAAGUUUGGAAAAUCUGAGAUGGAAACUGGCGCAGAUAAGAAAAGAGCGAUACGCCUUACAAAAAGAGAUCCAUAGACUGCAGGUGGUGCUAGAACGGAGUGUUAAGCAGGAGUCGCACAUGCACGAAAGUGCGCAGACUAAGACCGACGAGGUGGGCAACACUGCUGGCGAACACAAAGAUCUGGACGCGGGAAUCGAAAUCCUGCGUCGCAUCCGUGCAAUUAAGAUGCAUCCGAAUACAGUGAAAAAGAUUCACAACGAAGGAUACACACCUGGAGCCAAAAUAGACGUAACAGAUCGAUUGUCAGAGGCGUUCAAACUUGCUGCCCCGGAUAUUGGCAAGAACUGGGCCCACUUUUACCAGCAGCUUCCCUUCCGCCCGCCCAGAGACUACGACGCCCGGUCGCACGACAUAGAAUUGAUCGACCUUACAUCACAGCGCCACGAUCUGGGUCUCGGAGCCACUGUCGUGAAGAGCUUGGAAAAGUGGAAGCGACUUAGCAACACAGCGUCAGUUACCUCCCUUAUUGAUACUUUGAACGCUUCCAUGAAAACUGCCACCGCCAAGAAAAUACACCGAACUUUACUAUCCACAAACUGACUUUGCAAUUUCUACAACAUAAUAAAAUAUCUUAAAGUGUACUUUUCAACGACGGUA